CCCUAGCUGAUUUUCUACCUAAACCUUUCGAUAGAGUUAAAUUCUGUGCAAAAUCUCUUUGUGUGUUACCGAGAACUCGAACAAUCAUGCUAGCAUUCGUUGAGCUAUGUACUCCAGCAUUGAUAUAGCUAGUAAGGUGCAAACGAUAAAACCUCAACAACAGCUGCAGCAGAAAAAAGCUUUGACUCUUCCGCCGAACGUGAAUGGCCGUCGACGCGGAACGCUAGAAAUACGUCUAUCCGCGACGGACGGAAUACGGUGGAAAAGUGCUAAAAGUUAUCCGGCCGUAGAGGUACGGGUGCUCUGGUGGGGUCAACAGGAACAGUUGCUUGGCUCCGCUGCUGUACUGCACUGGGAGCAGGGAAAGGCUCGUUCCAGUUCGACGGUGCAGUUCGAAAUCCUAACCAGUGAAGAACUGUUUCGAAACUAUCUACGUGCCGCGGAACCCGUCCAGGUGCGGUUGAUUUCUAGCCGAACGAAUAGUCUGAUCGGAACGGGCUCGAUUGCUAUUCCGGGAAAAAUUGUGAAUUUUCGUAACGAUAGUGGUCGGUCGUCGGUUGAAGCUACCGGCAGGGGGGAAAUCUAUAGCCAGCGACGGUUUAGUUUGGGGGAGAUUAGUGUGGACUUUUGUCUGAAAUUUGAAGAUUACGUGAGGGAACGUGUGACGAAGGAUAACGGUGAGAAGAUUAGUAUGGUGCAGGACUGCAGAAAGCGAACGGCGCCGUUGGUUCCGGAACGGGACGUUGGCGUUGAAUUAGCAAUCAAGGGAGAUCCGGUGGUGUUGCAUGAAAGCAACGAGCGGAAGCAGCCUCCGAAAACGUUUCGCUCUCUGGAAAGCAAAUCUCGCGACAAGGUGCUCAACUACCUUCUGGGUAAAGACCUAUCGGGUUCCGAGGAUGAGCCGCUCAGCGAGAUAUGCUCUAUCUCACCGACCGAGAGUAUGAUGGACGCACUGAACAGAUUCGAUACCGCAUCGGUACCCAAGAAAGCGGAGUAUUUACGAAUUGUAAACUCGGCACGGAUGGUCGUUGAGACCCUCAAAUUCACCAAGGCCGGUCUGAAGGAGCUGUUCCAUAAAACGAGACAGUCAUCGCUCGCGGAUGCGACGUUUUUAGUGAAGGUGAAGAUUCCCUCUCCACAGAAUGUAGGGUCAAAAGUUACGCUUCGAUCCCUUUCGGUGUCCGAGUGUGGUGAAGUUACUUUCAAUGCAAAAGCAAUGACUAAACUGGUCAUUCCGAAGAAUUACGGAAACUUACAGUUCGAGUUUAUGGUUUAUAUAACGAAUCAAACUUCCUUUCAUCAAAGAGGAUCAACGAAAGAAGCCUUUUUAGGAUCUUCCACAAUCAAGAUAGAAGAAUUGGUGAAAAACAGGUUUGCCUGUUACAAGAGGUGUCCCGUCAGGUUAGCUUCUGAUGAUAUUUCACUCGGAAUGCUGACCAUCCGUUUGGAACUUGGAUCCCGAGGAUUACAUUUCGGCAAAGAACUUAUUGAUGCUGUUCUAGUGGAUAAAGAAAACGUGACGAUCAGCAGUUCUAGUUCCAGUGAAAGUGAAAUUAAUCAUCCACAACCAUGUUGGGCUUUUAGGCCACCACCCACUGAAUGUCACAGAAUGCUUUCCACGCGAUCUUAUUUUGAUUGUCUUCCCAGAACUUGCACGCAGGAUGAAGGAAACACGGGUGGAGAAAACAAUACGAACAAUUUACCUGUGCACCAAGGAUCAUCUCAUCAAGCACCCGCUGCUGGGCUGAAUAACCCACUAAAGGAUCAAGAAACUUCACCCGAUCGUGGUCCUAAAGCAAUGGACACACACGAAGACACCCAAGAAAUGACGAAAAAACUCUUACAUGGUGUGCUUCAUUUAGGACAGCUAAAGGACGCCCCGUCCCUACCCACCGGCGGAUACUUUCUGGUUGCUCAUGGAUUCUGGUCGGAAGACCCUCCAAUUCUCACAACCGAACUCGGUCAAGAUCGUAAAUCUUUUAAUUACCUGAUAACUUUCCCGGUUUUGGCGGACACCGCCUUCCUCCAAAGAACGAAAAACCAACAUAUGCUAGUGGAGCUGUGGCAGAAAACUCCGGGCGUUGCGGAAAAGCUGGUUGGUGUCACGCGACUGCCGCUGCAUCAGUUCUACAUUGCAUUUCGUGACGCACAGCUAGCGGAUCAUUUGAGUCGUGCCAAACUGCCGGUAAUCUCGAUCGACGGCUGGAGUGGGAUCGGCUCACCGCUGGCUGCCGACCCGUGCGGUCAGCUGCAAGCCGUGCUCGCAAUCGGGACGGAAAAUCAGAUCGAAUACUUCAAGCUGUCACGGGGACUGGCGCACACUUCCGGGGAUGCCCCGGUGAUGGGGCACCGUCCAACCGUACCGGAGCCGGAGCAGAAGAGUCACCCUGUCUCGCAAGUAUCAUCCUCCGUCCAAACGGACGCUCCACCACCAUCGGAAAACAUGGUGACACCGUCAACCGCUACGUCGGACCAACGUAGUCGCGAACAAUACCACCCCGUUAACACUUCCAACAGUGGCAACCAGAAGUCCGAGGUUGCCAACAUGCUUUCCGCUUUCAUCGAAAAUCUCGCUCAACGUUUGCCAAUAUCAUCGGAACGCAGUACCGCACCGUGUUACGAUCAAAACUUUGCCGAAAAGCUUACCCCAGCUUCACCGCACUCGCAAGCCAACCGGCCUCAAAUGCGGCAGACGUCCGACCUAUUGGAGAACUUACAGCGCGCGCUUGCACAGACGUCUGCCGUUGCGUUAGAUUCCGGCUUACUGACAACAUCAACGACGGAAUCGGCAGCCAUUGCGGAACCAUCGCAAGAGAAACCGCUCCCCGUGGGCGAUAAACUGUUUAAAGUUUGCAUCGAUAUUGAGCAAGCGGUGAAUUUACCCAAAUUGAAUGUUAGCAAAAAAUACAGCAAACGUAACAAGAAUCGAACCCCGGGGACUGGCAGCUCUGCAGCACCGGGUGGUGCUCAGCGACUGGAGGUAGAACCGAGCGCCUACGUAACGUUCGAGGGAUACAAUCUGCAGCCCGGUACGCCGAACACCGUAAAAUCUCACGAAGGUAUUGUCUAUACGACGGCCGUCGUUGAAAAUUGUUCGAAUCCGAGCUGGCAGAAGAAGUUCGAAGUGAUGCUGCCGGUGGAUUUGAUGACUAAUGAUGAAAAGCGUUUCAUUUUAAAAGUGUGGCGUAAGGCGGUUAAUAACAGUGACUUAGCCAAGUGUCGUUUGUUACCGGCACCGAUGGAGGACGCGGUGGUCGGUUUCACCGCUGUGGAUCUGAGUGUUUUUCUAAACGGUAUGCCCUGUAUUCUCGGAUGGUACAACAUUAUGGACUUCUCUGGUCGUUGCAAUGGUCAAAUCAAGGUAAACAUAACUCCACAAGAGAAUGUAACGCAUUACAAAAGUCUUGACGAAAGUGUCAAUUUCCAAAUUCCACUGUCGAUUGAUGUGGAUUGCGUCGGGAUAGAUGCCGGUAACACUUCGCUGAGUCGUGCUUUGAAGCGCAAGUUUACCGAGUUGGAAGAGAUAACCCAACGCUUAAAGGCUCGCCUCUUUGAUGUGACCGGUGACGAAAAUGUCGAUCCGGAUGAUGAAUUUGAGCGUGAUCUCAACACGGAAGCCGACGAAGCAGACGAUGAAGACUGGGUCGAUCCGUUGGAAGAUACAUCCGGUCAGAAGCGUAACAGCCAGCAUCCGAAUGGGGCUGCACCAACGAUGACGACUAACACUUCGUCCUAUUCGAUGUCUUCGGAGAGAACCGGUAACCCGAAACGCAGUCUCACGGGAUGCUCAGAUCGCAGUAGUAAGCAGCAAAAGGCUGCAGCAGCUGCUAUCGACCAAGCGGUGCUGGAAAAACUACUUCAAAAGCACGAUUGGGACACGCUAAUUAAUCCCAACAUUUUGAAAAAUUUGCUCAACCCAUCCGUAAUGUCCACCUCGGAGUCUACGCCGGUGAGCAACCCGUACGCAAACUUGCCUGAUAGUUCGGAUUCUCCGGCUGGAACGAGCGCCGAUGCCGAUAUGAGUGAAGAUUCCACCGCCGCAGGCGGCGAUAAAGUAAAGCUCAUUUCGUCCGCCCUGCAGCGUACGACUAUUUCGGAAGCUAGCGGCAGCAGCUGCAGCAGCAGCAGCGACCCAGCCGGCGAGAAUAAUGCAACCAAAGCUGACGUGAACGAAUCCACCGAGCAGCAGCAGCAGCAAAACCAGCGCGAAGCACCAGAAGGGGAACCAAUGAAGGUCAACGAUAAGUAAGUUCGCACAUUUUAUACAUACCCUAUCAACUUUAUUUAAUCUUCCACACAUGGUAGUAGUUAGUAAGUGUAUUCGCAUUAUGCUUUUACGACCAUUUUCCGCGGAUUAUGACUCGCAAGUUUUACCGAUUUUGUACACCCUCCCACUGCGCUGGGACCUACACGUAUGUUUAACCGUUGUUGCGAUAGUCUAAUCCGGAAUAUUCGCAUAUUAUUAAGGCAGCAUAGAGAACAAUAAAA